AAAAUCAUCUCUGUUUAACCGAAUUGAAGACAAAAAUUACUAGUGUCUUUAAGGCUUACAGUCAUGCCCCUCACAAGUCAAAUCACAAGUGCGUCAAGCCAGCUUGAGAUCAACAAUGUAAAAGGAUUGCUUACAAAACUAUGAUGUCCACGAUGACGUUUGGAUGGCUUGCCGCAUUGAUUACUAUUUUAAUGUCAGUACGGACAGUGCAGUCACAACCUGCCCAGGUCUGGAACGAUCAGGCGUAUGAUACGCUCAAGAAGGCCAUUCUCCGGGAGGAGACACUCAACACCAACACGGCUAAGAACGUGGUGUUCUUCGUGGGUUCCGGCAUGGGGUUAACCACCGUGGUGGCGAGCAGGAUCCUGAGGGGGCAACUGGACGGUAUGAAAGGCGAGGAAACUAUCCUCGCAUGGGAGAAUUUCUCCACCAUGGGAAUGGCAAAGACGUAUACAACCGACCGACAGGUGGCUGACGGUGCCGGUGCCGCUACGGCGCUCUUCUGCGGCGUGAAGACCAAGUCCGGCUUGGUAGGCGUGGACGACUCGGCAAUGCUUGGUGAUUGCAAGACCGGGCAGGCAGCUGCCGUGGACUCCGUCAUGAUCUCGGCAGAGAAGGCUGGGAAGUCAACAGGAUUUGUAACUACGGCCCGCGUCACGCACGCCACACCGUCAGCACUCUAUGCCCAUUCCCCGGACCGGGACUGGGAGAACGACGCAGAUAUCCCUCAGAAGGAGGCCGCCAUGGGAUGCACAGAUAUCGCAUCUCAACUCAUCACGCUGGGCAAGAACACUAAGGUUAUAUUGGGAGGUGGGAGGGCUAACAUGAUGCCUAACACUGCCGCUGAUCCAGAAUACCCAAACCAAAAGGGAACCAGACAGGAUGGCCGCAAUCUUAUCGAUGAAUGGGUGUCGGGUAAGGAUCCUACAACCAGUGAGUACGUUUGGAAAGCGGAGCAGUUUAACGCAGUCGACCCGAAGACAACUGACUAUAUACUUGGAUUGUUCGAGCCCAGCCACAUGCAGUACAGCGAAAACGGGAACAACGACGGCGCAGGGGAGCCCUCUAUCGCCCAGAUGGUGGAAAAGGCCAUCAAGAUCCUGCAAAAAGAUGGCGACGGGUACUUUCUCAUGGUGGAAGGCGGUCGUAUCGACCACAGUCACCAUGACAACAACGCCUACCACGCUCUCCACGACACCGUUGCUAUGAACGAGGCCGUUGCCAAGGCGAUUGAGUUGACCAAUGAGAAUGACACGCUGGUGAUCGUCACGGCCGAUCACAGUCACACGUUAAGCAUCAGCGGGUACCCGUGGCGCGGGAAUCCCAUCCUCGCCAAAGGAUUUGCGUCCGGCAGGCUACUCAUGGACGACGGACUGCCCUACACCACCCUGGCCUACGCUGGGGGACCUGGGGGUAUCAAAGAGAGACAGAGCUUCGAAGACACUGGAAUGAGACGGAACCUGACUAAUACUGACACGGAGCAACCGGAUUUUGUUCAACCCGCGUUGAUCCCACUGGCUACGGGCAGUCACGGCGGCGAGGAUGUGGCCAUCUACGCCAACGGACCCAUGUCCCACCUCUUCCACGGAGUCCACGAGCAGAACUACAUCGCGCACGUGGUGCGCUACGCCGCCCGACUCGGCGGGAACGAGUGUGGUGGGAAUGGGGCGCCCUCGUCGGGCGGUUUCGACCUGCUGUUGACCCUAGCUGGAGUGAUGUUGUGUGUUGCAUUGUAAACAAGAAAAGAAAGAAUCGGAUAAAUACGACCCUGUAACAUUUGGGGACACUCCCGCAGGCGUAAUUUCUUUUUCCUCGGAGGGUUAGGGGCAAUGUCAUGAAUAAUUCAGUUUUUCCUUUGAAUCAUUGCAAGACUUAAGUUCUCGUUCUAU